AUGGCCUUUAAAUCUCACUCAGUUCCAACCCCCUGCCACGGGCAGGGACACCUUCCACAAGACCAGAUUGCUCCAAGCCCCGUCCAACCUGACCUUGAACACUGCCAGGGAUAGUGCUGGGGCACAGGGCACAGAACUUAUUAGUAACAGCUCAGAGGGGCAUAAGGGCCAGCCAUGCAUGCAGGUAGGCGCAGGGUGAAGAACACCAGGCAGAGCACCCAGAACAGACACUGCUCCCUUCAGGUGGCGCUCCCCAAGGCCACCACCACUUCAGGAUGGGUCUUGGUGGUUCAGUGCAAGCUCUGAGCUGCGCAGGGUGACUGCCGCCAGCCCGAGGCAGAUUCAUCCCCUCUAGAUCUACAUCCCCAGUGGUCCUCCCUGCAGAGCAGAGUGGAGAUGAGCACAAAAGCGGUGCCACAAAGAUGCAGUUGGGUCACCUUGUGUCAAGGGAGCAGUAAGCACCCUGGGAGCUGCAGGGAUGAAGGGGAUGCCAGCCCAAGGCCACAGCUAGGAAGGCUUUGGCCAUCUGGCAGUGGGGAGGUUGGCAGGUGCCAUCCAGCAUGUCCAUCACCCACAGGUGGCACCAGGAUGGGAUGUACUGGUUCUGGCAGCUGAGGUGAUUGGUGAACAAGGGAAGGGCUUACUCAGGUUUCUCUCCCUUUUAUGAGAUUUUUGCCAGGCUGCAGAUCUGCUCGUGUUCCCUGGGGGAACGAAGCCCAGAGCCAAACAGGGGAAAUGAGAGUCAAGGAGGAGAACGAAGGCCCCCCUGCCCUUCUGCAACAAACGUGUGUUUCACACAGGCACUGCCACCCCUGGCCUCUUGGAAGCAGGCAGAGAAGCAAGAUGAGGAGACGGGAGGGCUGUAAACGAGGCACACACAGCCCUGUAGCCAGCCCUGCCAGCUCAGGCUUACCGCUGCUGUUGCCAUUUUGGCUGGAUGUCACCUUUCUGCCCUGCAGCUCUGUAGCUCCUGUGACUUAGGCAGCAGGAAAAGAAAAGGCAAAGCCUGAGCAGCAGCAAGAGCAAACCCCAUGUGGGCUCUGGCUGGGCUGGUGCUGGAGCGCUCUGGGCUUGGGCUCCCCGGUGCUGGUGCUCCCGGACCCCCGUGAUACAGGGCGGGAGGUGAUGGCUGGCUCUCUGCCUUCUCUCCAAGAUCGGCCUCCCCUUCUUCCCCCCCUCCUCCUCCUUCUCCUCCUCCUGCGUUUCUGGCUCGGUGCGGCGAGCGCUGCUGGGAAAGCAACACAACGGGCCCCUUUCAGCUCUCGCUUCUGCAGGGAGAGCAAACACUGGCACAGGCGCUCGGCUGCUGCUGCACGGGGCAGCCGGCUGCUCUCCUCCCUUUCCUUACCACUCCUUGAGGUCCAGCCACAGGUGCCCUCCAUCAUGAGGCUGUCCUGGGGGCUCUUCCUGCUCAUGGUGGCACUGGGGGAGACAGCUGCUGCCCGCUGCCCCACACCCUGUGUCUGCGACAACCUUCGUGCCCAUGUCCUGUGCCUCAACGGGAGCCUGACGGCCGUCCCCACUGCCAUCCCGCAGCUCACCAAGAAACUGGACCUUCGGGGCAACAGCUUCACGGCCCUCCCAGCGGGAGCCUUCCUUGGUACCCCUUACCUCACGCACUUGGACCUGCAGCGCUGCAAGGUGGAGAAGCUGGAGGAAGGGGCUUUCCGAGGGCUGGGGAGGCUGGUCUACCUCAACCUGGCCUCCAACGACAUAGCCAUCCUCUACCAGGAGUCCCUAGAUGGGCUGUCCUCCCUCCAGCAGCUCAUUCUGGAGGGGAAUCGCAUUGAGGAGAUCCAGCCGGGUGCUUUUGGCCAUCUGGGGUCCCUCACUGUGCUCGACCUGAGGGCAAAUGCCUUGGUCUACCUCCCAGACAUGGUCUUCCAGGGCCUGGCGGUCCUCAGGUGGCUCCGGCUGUCCCACAACACCCUCCACGUGCUGGGCAGCGAGGCCUUCGCUGCCCUGCCCGCACUGCACAGGCUGAGCCUGGACCACAAUGAGCUGCAGGCAUUGCCCGGCGAGGCCCUGGCCAGGCUGGACGGGGUGACCCGGCUGGACAUGGGCCAUAACCCCAUCACCUGCCUGGCCGAGGAGGCGCUGGCCAUGGCCUCCCUGAAGCACCUCUUCCUGGACCACGCAGCCCUGCAGGACGUGGCAGCCGAAGCCUUCACCCGCAGCCCCCAGCUGCGCACGCUGGACCUGCACGCUAACCAGCUGCAGGGGCUGCCGGCCCUGGAUGGGCCUGGGGCACUGGUGAGGGUCAACCUGGCCAGCAACCCCCUGCUCUGCUCCUGCCUCCUGCGCCCCUUCCACGACUGGCUGGUGAGGGAGCGGGUACAGGUGGAGGGGACCUGUGCGGCACCUGCUGCCCUCCGCGGCCGGACCCUGGACUCGCUGAGGCCCCCCGAGAUGAGAUGCGGCCACCACGAGCUGCCCCCCACCCCUGCCACGCCGUCAGAGCAGCCGAGGGCAGGCGGCAGCAGGCAGUGCCCCCGCGGGUGCUCCUGCUCCCCCGAUGUCCACCACGGAUCCUGUGAGAACAGGGGCCUGCAGGAGAUCCCCCAGGGCUUCCCCAGGGACACCCGCCUGCUCGACCUGCGCCGAAACGCCUUUGGGAUUGUGCCACCGGGUGCCUUCCCUGGCCUGAAGGAGCUGGUGUCCCUCCACCUACAGAGCUGCAGCAUCAGGGUGCUGCACCCUGGGGCGCUGCGGGGACUGGAGAGCCUGGUCUACCUCUACCUCACCAACAACCGCCUCUCCACCCUGGCAGCCACCGCCUUCGAGGGUGCCCCACAGCUGGCCUACCUGGACCUGGACCGUAACGCCUUCACCCGCCUGCCCACAGGGGCCUUCCAGCUCCUGCCCAACCUCAUCUCCCUCCAUCUGCAGCACAACGCCAUUGAGGAGCUGGCAGAGGGUGACCUGGCCGGGGCAGGGGGGCUGCGCUGGCUCUACCUUGCUGGGAACACCAUCAAGCACAUCACUCCCACCGCCCUGGCUCCCACCGUGAUGCUGGAGAAGCUGCACCUAGAGGGAAACCAGCUGGCAGAGGUGCCCACGGCAGCCCUGCAGGGCCUGCCUGCCCUGAGUGAGCUGAAGCUGUCCCAAAACCCCAUCAAGUACAUGGGGGACGGAGUGUUCCUGCCUGUGGCCUCCAGCCUGCAGCACCUCUACCUGGACAACAUGGGCCUGCAGCAGAUUUCCCCCAGUGCCUUCACUGGCCUCGGCCCCAAGAUCCGAAGCCUCCACCUGGAGGGCAACAAGAUGAGCAGCAUCCCCAGUAUGAGCAACUUCACUGGGCUGGAGAUCCUCAACCUGCGGGAUGUGCCUUUCCACUGUGACUGCCAGCUCCUUCCCCUGCGCCGGUGGAUCGAAAAACUCAACCUCCGUGUAGGGGCCACCUGUGGGUCCCCUACAGAAGCCAGAGGGCUGAAAGUGAAGCUUUCCACCACCUUCCAAACCUGCCCUGGCUGGGGAGACAUGACCAAGGCUGAAAGCAAGCCCAGCAAGAAAAAGAGGUUGGGAAAAUCACCAGCUAGAGGCUUCAUGAAGAGCAGAGCUUAGGAAACGUGCAGGCUGCAACAGGAUUUCUAGACUUGUCUCAGCCAGAGCAACAUGGAGAACAUGGAACAUGGAACAAGGAGAAAGGCUGGUGCCACCAAAGUGAUGCUCAAUUGCCAAAACAUCACGAAGCAUUUGGUUUUGCAGGACACAGAGACAUGACUCUGGAAAGACCUGGUGCAAAAAGCUUCUGCAGUAUUUGCAGCAUGCUUUGAUGACUUGAACAACAAAGACAAAUCCUUGAUUUUUCUUCCUGAGGCUCCCUCCAGCCAUAUGGGAAAGCUGGAAUCCACAAGCUUCAUUUUGUUUUUAUGAGUGGGACUGCAAACGGCACCAGUGAAAGAUCCUGCACAGGCCUGGGUCUUGAGAGCAGGAAACACAAAAAUUAUCAUGAGUGAAAACAUAGCCUAAAUUCCCACAGCAGCUCCUCAGAAUUAAAGCAUAACAAAACCUUUCUAUGUCCUGCAAAAUUUGAUCAGUGACCCUGUUGAUUGAAUGGGAUCACUGAUCCCUUAAUUGAUCCCAUCAUAAGCAUGCGGCCAACUUACUCCUCAUGGCAGGCCAGGUUGGGAUGCCUCAGAUCCAUUUUAAAGUCAGAAUUUUGUUCAGAUUGAGAAGGCUUUAAAAGGACAGACUCAUCUAGCCAUUGAACUACCCUGGCUACAGCAAAAAAAAACCCAAAGAAUCAUAGAAUCAGAAUGGUUUGUAUUGG